AUGAUCUAUGCAAAGUUACAUAUUGAGAGUGGGGACAUUCAAGGAAUCAUCGACCCCUCACUACGCAACAAAUAUGACAUGCAAUCAAUGUGGAAGAUAGCCGAAAAAGCUUUGAUGUGUGUUCAACCUCAUGGGAGUAUGAGGCCAUCAAUCUCAGAGAUCAUUAAGGAAAUCCAAGAUGCAAUCUCAAUUGAAAGGGAAGCAGAAGCAGUAAGAGAAGGCAACUCUGAUGAUAUAUCAAGGCAAUCUGUUCAUUCUUGCCUGAACAUAGGUUCACUGGACCUGGCUGCAAGUGAGCAUUAUUUGUCUGUCGAUGACUCCCUCACAAAGCCAACUGCUCGAUAGUUGUCUACAUUGUGAACUAGCAAAUCCUUAAUGUUCAUAUUUUUUCAAACAAGUUAAGAUAACACGUCUGGGACUCCUAAUUGUGAUGUUGAAAGGCAAAAUCUUUGAUGCUAUGAAGCUGCAAAUUUUAUGCUCU